CUAAGCGAGCUAGCUUCAUAAACAAACGUGCAAGCAGGGCGCAGGCAUCGUGAAAAUAAACAGAAAACACUGGCCGGCAUUUAAAACACUGAUGAUUGAUUUGAAAACAUUUAAAGAUAUUUACGUAUUGAAUUGUCGUGGCACUUUCGGCAGGCUAGUGAGAGAUUGCUUACUUUGAACGUUGGCUGACAAACACACAGAUCGCAUGCUAAUGUCAAUUUCCAGGAAUAGUUUUUUAUUGGAGAGUAAAUGCAAGCAGUUGACGUUGUUACACGUUCUUAUAAUUGACCUGGUUUUCUUAAGGUCUUAAUCAAUUAAUCAAGGGUUUGCUUGGACCAGACCCCUAUUUUCCCUAAAUCAUUCAUUUUACCAGAAACCUUUACACAAUUGCUUCCAACUUUAUGGGAACAGUUUGGGCAAGACACUUAACUGUGGCACAGUGCACAUAAGGUCCAUUGAGUCCAGCAUCAGUGACCUUUGACCGCACAGAUGUUGUUCUGGACAGAUGGACAAUAGUGACCACAGACACUCCUCAUGUGACCAAAAAUUUUAGGUUACUGUGUGAUCUUCCUGCCAUGAGAGCUGACCACCAGGUCAGCCGCAUCCCUUCCUUCUGCAGUUGAUGGAUCUGCAGCUGGUACAGAGAUGACAGACAGCGUCAGGGCUUUCCUCCGCAAUGUUGCGACGGGAAUUAAAGACUCCAUAUUGGGGAUUGGAACAAUAUCCAAGCUGGAUGCCCGCAUUCAGCAAAAAAGGGAGGAACAGCGUCGGAGAAGGGCCAGUGGGGCUUUGGCACAGAGACGGGCACAGAGUGAGGAGCGUAAACCGGACAAUGACCCAAAAGUAGCUAGCAGGAUCUUUCAAUGCUGUGCCUGGAAUGGAGGAGUGUUCUGGCUUAGUCUGUUUCUCUUCUACCGGGUCUUCAUCCCACUGCUGCAGACGCUCACGGCAAAAAUUAUCGGUGACCCCUCACUCCAUGGCAGUGUCUGGUCCUGGUUAGAGUUCAUCCUGACCUCCGUCUUCGGUGCUCUAUGGGUUCUCCCACUGUUUGUCCUCAGCAAGAUAGUUAAUGCCAUUUGGUUUCAGGACAUAGCUGACCUCGCAUUUGAAGUGUCUGGCUGCAAGGCACAGCCGUUUCCCAGUGUCAGCAAGAUCAUCGCAGACAUGCUCUUCAAUCUUCUCCUUCAGGCACUCUUCCUAAUUCAGGGUAUGAUUGUUAGCCUAUUUCCAAUUGAUGCCAUUGGACAGAUGGUCAGCCUGUUACACAUGUCUCUACUCUACUCCCUGUACUGUUUUGAGUACCGCUGGUUCAACCACGGCAUUGAGAUGCACCAACGGCUGUCUAAUAUUGAGAGGAACUGGCCCUAUUACUUUGGCUUUGGUUUGCCCAUGGCUUUGCUGACAGCUUUGCCUUCAUCGUACAUCAUCAGCGGCUGCUUGUUCUCCAUCCUCUUCCCGCUCUUCAUCAUCAGCGCUAAUGAGGCCAAGACACCAACAAAGCUUUACCACUUUCAGCUGCGUCUUUUCUCGCUGGUUGUGCUGAUCAGCAACAAGCUUUUCCACAAGACGGUCCACCUGCAGUCCUCGAUGACAUCAUCCACGUCCUCAGACAGGCUGACAUCUCCCCACACGUCUCCAGCCAGGCAAAAGCUUCUGCCCACCCACUGAUGAUGGCGAAGCUGCAUGAAGGAGCCUUGCUUGUUAAUGUGACGGAAUGAUUCUUCCGGCUUUACAGCAAGAAAACAUGUUUUUAUCUCAUCUCUGGCCCUUUGAGUCGUGUACCGUUUGUUCACGGUGUCAGUGUGACACACACAUGCCCAGUGUUUCACACAUUAUUUAUGACAAAAAGUUUUCUUCUGUGUUUUUAUUUUCCUCUUUGUAUAAUGUGCCAUCUGAGCGACUCUCCUUUAGGAAAUAACAGCACAGUAAAUCAUACACAGUAGCGCAGGGGUGUCCAAAGCACGGCCUGGGGGCCAUUUGCAGGCCGCUGCUAGAUUUUUAUUGGCAUAUUCUAUACAUAAAAUGAACCAUUUUGAGGGAGGAUUUGAAUGUUUGAACACGAUAUCACACUAACAACAAUAAUUACUGAAAUAUAUCUCAUACAUUGACGUACACUGGUUUUAGAGAUUUUUAUUUUAAAAUAUAUUAAGAACAUGAAUAACAUCAAAGUGGCCCUUGGCAAAAAACAUUUGGACACCCCUGGUGUAGCGUUUGAAGGAACGUAUUUGCUUUUAAAAGCAAAUAGAUUAUGUGUUUACCUGUUUGUCUCACAUGUUCCUGUCUAAUGUGCCAGCAGUUCCAAGAAGGACUGUGUUCCGUCAAAGGGAGGAUGUUUUUUUCUUUCUUUCUUCUGUUUAAAUCAAAUUCACAAGUGGAGAGCUGCAAGGAUUUGGGACCUGCCGUGACACAAACCAAAAACUGCGUCACUUGUUACAUGCUGACAAAUAGUUUCCUUUGUUUCAGUCAAAAUGGGAUGUACUUACUGCAAACUACAAGAUGACCAAGAAGACCUCUCUUUGCAGUCACUGUAAAAGUGAUCAUGAAACUACACUGACAAGCUGCAGCACGUGUACUAUUUAUUUCCACUGCUACAAUGCUAAAAAAUAAUAUUGACAAACCAUUUUAUGACAGACGGGUGCUUAACACUGCCCUGCGUACUCUUGCUUUCUUCACAAUUCAUCUUCCAUUUUUUAGUGCUGUACUUUAGAAAUACUGAAGCCACCAUGCAAUGACCCAUCCAACACCACCCCAUUCACUCAACGGGUUGCCGAAUGGCCUUUAUGACCACACAAGUUUAAUGACUUAAAAAAGGAUAGUGUUUUGUGCAAACUGAUGUUUGUGAGUGAAGUUUUGUAAUGGAAAUGUAUUUCAUUUCAAUAAAUUGAAUCAGUAUU